AUGGGAUGGAAUGUCCCUCCGUUCUUUGCUAAGGGACGAAAGCUUCCGUUACGUCUGUGGUUACCAUAUGACCCCUCAUCUACCAGUGUGAACUACUAUUUUACAGUGGUUUUCAUUGCUAUAGCAACUCUGUAUGAUGGUUCUAGCACAAUCAUGGAUCCAUUGCUUGGUGGUCUAGUGUAUCAUGCGACAGGUCAGCUAAAGAUUUUGAAAUAUAACUUACAGCAUCUUGAUAAGCAUCUAGAACAUAACUUAAGCAAAAGUAGUGAACAAGUCAUAGAAUUCCACUCUGUCUACAAACACCUAGAAAGUUGUAUUGAACACCAUAAGCAAAUUUUGUGGUUUGUAGACGAAUAUGAAGAAUGUUUCUCUUGGAGCAUAUUCUGCCAGUUUUCUGGAAGUAUGCUUUGUGUAUCUUUUUUUUGCAUUAGCCUAAUCCUUGUUCCAUUCAACAGCGUAGAAGCUUUGACAUAUGUUGUGGCAAUAUUUACUGUAACUUUUGAAAUACUAUUUUACUGCCAUUACGGUACACUGCUAUAUGAGGAGAAUAAUGAUCUAAUCAACGCGAUUUGUAUGGGACCGUGGUAUAAAUAUGACGUUAAAAUCCGAAAAAGUUUGUUAAUUAUAAUGGAACGCUCCAAACGGCCACUGCGUAUUACCGCUGGAAAAGUGGUAGACGUUACAAUCCGAACAUUUGUAUCGAUUUUGAAAACAAGUUAUUCGUUGAUUGCUGUUUUCAAUAGUUAUUAUUAA